UUACUCUGAAAUAAAUUCCAUUGUGUUCAGGAGGGCUUAAUCCCAGUUAAGUGUCUAUUGUAGAAAACCUCCAGAAUCAAGUUACAUCUUCAUAAGAAAUUUUUAGAACCUAAGGUUGUGAUACCAGUGCUAUGAUUUAAAGGAGCCUUCUGCUACUUGAUGGCACUGAAAGUCUUGCUUUUGAUGGUUUUUCAGAGCAAACACUAGUCUAGUUUAUGAGUUACCUAUGGUUGAAGCCUGUGUUUUAACAAGUGCACGUAGCUCAGUGUAGUUAUAUAAAUUAUAAUAAUGAGACUGCUUGAUGAUGUAGAUAUUUUUCAUUAAGUGAAAGAGACAAGCCUGCUUCAUAUUUGAAACUUUUUUAAAAAGUGUGAUGCCUGGCCUGAUUGUUUGCUAUAAUGGGAUCUGAACAUUAGAAUAUGCCCUCAUUCAUAUAAAUAUAUGAAGGGACUGUUAAAGAUCCAGAAUCGAAUUUAUUAUUUGUGUGUUGCAUCAAACGUGUCUUUGUUUUAGAAUAUGAAAGUAUACUUGAAAUUGUUUCAGUAUAACAGUAAAGUGUGGAGGUAGCGUGCCUUAAAGGGGAGCACUGAAUGAAAGUGCAUGCCAUACAGAUUUAUGUUUAUACAUCUGAUAACUGUAGAACAUAAAGCAAAUGUCUAGGGGCUGCUUUACACAAGAUGAAAUUCCAUCACUCCUGUCACCCUCGUGCAGGAAGUUCAGUGUUUGUAGAAGUGUGCAGGCUUGUCAGUUUUGUCGCACGUACAUGCAACAGGAAGCCUUUGUUUUGGUAGAGAGUUCCUGCACCAUACUCACCUGUCACAGUAUGUCUCCCAAACAAGACAGUGGGUAUGUGGAAUUUCCUACAUCGAAGCAGUGCCCAGGUAGGAAGUGAGACCUCAUGCAUAAAGAGUUAUAGAUUGUUAUAGAAAAAUGUCAAACUUGCAAGUUAGGGCAAACUGUUGUGUGCAGAGACCUGAGUAGUGGGACUAAAUGGCUGCCAAUCUUCUAUUUCUUGCCAAUCUAACAAUUCCUCAAUCAUUUUGAUAACUAACAUGUAAAUUCCUUGUUCAAGUGUAUUACGGUUUUCUUGAAAUAUCAGCUGCUUCUGAAGUUGUUACACUAUUUCAUCCCUUGUUCACAUUCUUUUGUGAUUUUGGGGAAUGAAUAUCCUAGAAACAUCUGAUACUGCAGCACUGCUGAAGCCAAAAUGGUACCGAAGCUGGCAACAAUGAAGCUGGUGUGAAGAACUUGUGACUAACAGCUCUGUAUAGCUUACUGGGCCCUGAAUCUCAUUUUCUAAAUAGAACAGUGUACCUGGUACGUUCAGAAAGAAUGACUCUUGGAUUUGUACAGCUGUCCCCAGUACUGGGGAGGACUUUGCUGGUGUUGAUGGUGACUACUACUGUUAAGUGCCAUUGGCCCAGUGAAGCCUCAGAAGUUGUACGGGACUGGGAAAACCAGUUAGAGGCCUCCAUGCAUUUGGUGCUUUCAGACCUUCGAGAAAGUGUGCCAGCAGUGGUGGGAAUUCCAGACAGCUCUGCUGUAGUGGGUCGUUCCUUCAGAGUCACCAUCCCAACAGACCUUAUAGCUUCCAAUGGAGAAGUUAUCCAGAUUGCUGAAGCUGGGAAAGAAUCCUUGCCUCCUUGGUUGCACUGGGAACCAGAGAGUAGUACCUUGGAAGGCCUCCCACUUGAUACAGAUAAAGGCAUUCAUUAUAUCUCAGUGAAUGCAAUGCACCUGGUAUCGAAUGGAAGCUACGUGCCCCAGACUACCAAUGUAUUUUCUAUUGAAGUCCACCCUGAAGAUCAUAAUGAACCUCAAUCAGUGCGGGUGGCUUCACAAGAUGUGAAUGAAGCAGUACCAUUUGUGUGUAGUGCAGAGGAACCAGUCACUAUCUUGACUGUAAUUUUGGAUGCUGACUUAACAAAAAUGACACCAAAGCAGAGGAUUGAACUUUUGAACAGAAUGAAAACCUUCUCUGAAGUUGAACUUUAUAACAUGAAAUUAGUUCCUGUUGUAAAUAAUAGACUCUUUGAUAUGUCCGCAUUUAUGGCUGGACCAGGGAAUGCAAAGAAGGUGGUGGAAAAUGGAGCCUUACUGUCAUGGAAACUGGGCUGUUCGUUGAGCCAAAAUAGUGUCCCAGACAUAAGCAAUGUUGAAUCUCCUGCUAAAGAAGGUACAAUGUCUGCUCAUCUUGGCUACCCUGUGGUUGGCUGGCACAUUGCUAACAAGAAGCCUAAUGUUCCAAAGAGAAUAAGGCGGCAGAUCCAUGCUACACCAACACCUGUGACUGCUGUUGGACCUCCAACGACUGCCCUCCAAGAGCCACCAACUAGAAUUGUUCCAACACCCACUUCUCCCGCCAUUGCACCUCCCACUGAAACAACAGCUCCUCCGGUGAGAGAGCCUGUACCAUUGCCUAAGAAGCCCACAGUUACAAUUAGAACAAGAGGAGCUAUUGUUCAGACACCAACCCUUGGACCAAUUCAGCCAACCAAAAUGGUAGACGCAACCACCACUACUCCUGGCCAGAUUCGACCAACAAUGACAGUGCCAACAGAAGCUACUGCAGCAAUUACACCACCCACAACAAAGAAACCCAAAGGAACCACACCAAAACCAGCCACACCAUCCACCACUGAUACAAGUACAACACGAAGACCAAGACCUACCAAAACACCUCGCCCUCCAAAGCCUCCUCGGACUACUAAACCAACCCUUGUUGAACAGAAAACAGUUUCACCACCAACUCGCAUUCGCACCACUACAAUUGGAACUCCCCGUAUACCCAAUGAUCCACCACAACUGAAAAACCACAUUGACAGAGUAGAUGCAUGGGUGGGCACAUAUUUUGAGCUCAAAAUACCUUCAGAUACUUUCUAUGACAAGGAGGAUACCACUACUGAUAAAUUGCAACUCACCAUGAAACUAGAAGAGGAGAAGCCACUGGAAGAAAAUUCUUGGGUGCUGUUCAAUACUGCUAGUCAGCUAAUGUAUGGACUACCAAAUCGCACCCAUGCAGGCAGGCAUGAAUUUUUCAUGCAUGCCACAGACAAAGGUGGCCUUUCAGCUGUGGAUGCUUUUGAAAUAUUUGUCCAUGCUCUGGGGGCAGAUGAGGUACCUCCAGUUAAAUUUAAGGCCAAAUUUCAUGGAGAUCAUAAUACAGUAGCCAGUGACAUUAAUAAGAAAAUUAGGCUGGUAAAGAAUUUGGCUUUAGCCUUUGGAGAAAGAAACAGCAGUACUAUUACCAUAGAGAAUAUCAGCAAUGGCUCUGUUGUAGUUGAGUGGACAAACAAUACUCUACCUUUGGAUCCAUGCCCAGAAGAGAAGAUUCGCUCCCUGAGCAGAACAAUUGCUAAUGAUUCUGGUGUCCCAACUGCAGCUUUCUUUAAUCACCUAGAGCCAGAGUUUAAGCCCAUCAGCAUUUCUGUAGUUGGUGCUGGUAGCUGUAGACAUAUUCAGUUUAUCCCUAAGAUUAAAGAUGGACUUCCUGCAACUGCACCACCUACAGUUGUGCUUCCACGAGAUCCAGAAAAGACAAGUGAAGAUGAUGUGUACUUGCACACAGUAAUCCCUGCAGUAGUUGUAGCUGCCAUCCUGCUUAUUGCUGGAAUUAUUGCUAUGAUAUGCUAUCGCAAGAAGAGAAAAGGCAAACUCACUAUAGAAGACCAAGCCACCUUUAUCAAGAAGGGUGUACCAAUAAUCUUUGCAGAUGAGCUUGAUGACUCCAAGCCGCCUCCUUCCUCUAGCAUGCCCCUGAUUCUACAGGAAGAGAAAGCUCCUCUCCCACCCCCAGAGUAUCCCAAUCAGAAUAUGCCAGAAACUACUCCACUCAACCAAGACACCAUAGGAGAAUACACACCACUGCGGGAUGAAGACCCCAAUGCACCUCCCUAUCAGCCUCCCCCUCCCUUCACAGCACCCAUGGAGGGUAAAGGCUCCCGUCCGAAGAACAUGACCCCAUACAGGUCUCCACCUCCCUAUGUCCCCCCUUAAUGAACCAGAGACGCUUGCGGAGAUGGGGCCUAUAGUUCCACACCAGUGUUGUUGGUAGGGAUCGGUGGCCUGCAAAUCCGUUACCAACUAGAAAACCAACGUACAGACUCUCAAACAUUGCCUGGUCCCAGCAGGCCCUCUCCGAACGCGUUUGCUACACCAGAGUGCUCGUGGAACACUCGGGACACUUGAUUUUAUUUUUGCCUAACAGCUUAUGUUUUGUUUAUUCAUAGAAAAAAAAAUCUUCUUGGCUCAAAAAGUAUUUCUGACAGCAGGCGUCUCAAAGCAUCUUGUGCAAAGGGAGACUGGCUGGACAUGCAGGCAGCACUUGGGGUGGCACGCUGGGUCUCUGCUGUUUGCCUUUAAAACUAACUGUACUGUUUUUUCUAUUCACGUGUGUCUAGCUACAGGGCAUAACAUGAAACGUAGCCUAAAAAUUAAAUUCAGAGGAGUUUCUGAGGUCAACGUUAAGUUUUUACAUUUAAUUGCCGUUACCUGAACGUGUAUGUAUAGAUUUGGGGAAGGGAAAGGGAAAUGCUUUACUACAAAUAAGCUCAAGGGGUGUUUCCAAUGCCAACCAGGCUGAGGGACUGUCUUUUUUAUCAAAGGAAUCCUAUUUUUUCACACAUUAUACAAUUCAGUCAUCAGCUGGGGUCCUUUCUGCAAACUGUAGAAUGAGCUCCUGUCGCUCUAGCCAGCUGUUCCUGGUCAGAUGCCACAGGUUUCUUUAAGAAUGGCGUUUUGAUUGCUUUUUGCAAAUACAAAAAGCAGUUACACUGCAGUAUUGCUGCCCUUUGGAAAUGGGAGGCCUAACAGUGGUAUCUGCAGGCUGCAAAGGUCAUGGUGCUGUGCUGAGAUAUUUCUCCUGGAAGGCAUACUCUGGCUUUUGAAACACUCUUGAGAUAUUUUGGUGAAGAUGCAAUAUUUUUAUGUAGUGUAAUGCAGUUUCCUCACAUCAGACUCCUCCUGGACCACAGUAUUAGAACAGCCCCCCUUCCCCCAUUCCUUCUGGCUGUCCCAGCCCACUCCCCUAUCACUCUCCUCUGUGCGCACACAGACGCAAUAGUAGCUGCCUGGCGGUUGUCAAAAUAAGAAUCGCCAGAAGUAGUUCAUAGUAAAAAUCAGUGAACUCUCAGCUCUAAUUUUUUACUAAAUUUUUGAUACAGCCUCAAAUUGUUUUAUUAAAAAAUAAUUAAAAAUGGUAACGCUGCCAGCAGUUUGUAUGAGCUUAGCUUCUUAGUAUCAAUUCAAUGGGACUGACUGCUUUGCUCAGUUUGGAUUCUUUUUUCCUGUUUGGUCUUUCAUAGUCAUUGUUUUAAAUAUUAGAGCCAUGUCUAGAUUUCUUGCCUUUAAAAAGUGAACUUCCACACAUUUCUCCUGGGAAGUUGGAGUUACCCUCAAGGUCACUCCCAUGCCUCUUUUUCUUUAGAUAAAAUUGUUUUACGCAUGAAUUUUUUUCUUGUCCAUUUGAAACUAUUUUUGGUACAUUAGAGGGAGGAAAAACCCUUUGCAAUAAUGAGUCCAUCCCCUCCCCGGGGGCUGGGCUGCCUCUGGCUGACUUUGCACACAAAGCAGACACUUUUAAGCCAUAUUGACUGUUUUGCAAAGUAUGUUUGUGUGCUGAUAUGGCCAGUUAACACACUAGUGGAUGAAUGGCUACAAUGACCUUCACCUCUGAACUUGCUAGGGUGGCAUUUUCCUUCAAGCCCUUUUUUAACUACUUGAACAGGAUUUUGCCGAUCAAAACAAAUAUUAAUUUGGCUAUUGUCCCAUAUAGUUCUGCCCUCAGCUCCUGCCCCCUGAGGUUGGCUAGAGGAGUAUGUGUUGCAGUGAGGGUGACAGGAAAGAAUGCUUCCGGUUUUGCCUUUGUCUAGCUUUACAAGUAUAGAUUUGCCCUACAAAGUCUCUUCCCCCACUCCCUGCCUCCCAGUGAUUGAAUGUUGGCAUGUGUCUGAAAUGAGGAGUGGCAAUGGAUUCUCCUCCUCACACAGGAGAGCUGGUUGAGGAGAAGGGGAUUACCUGGCACCAGUUAGGGGACACUGCUUUUGAACAGACCCUAGAAAUAUGGUAGAAUCUCUCCUGCUCACCACCACUGCCUGCCUAGCUACCAACCAUGGCAGCACAGUGCCAAAAAUCUAUACUGGCAGGCCUGCAUUUCAGAUGUCUCCAAUUUAUCAACACACAGAGCCUCCUAAGCCCAAAUGCUGCAAGUUAGAAGGGCCUUCCAAACAGUGCCGUUGUCCCUAGCAACUGAUACCACUUUAGACUGGUCAUGCGCAAGCGCAAACGGUUUCAGGCCUGGGCCUACCUGUCACCAUAGAAACUGGAGGCGAAGGGGCAGUGAACAGAAUAAUAACAAUGGCAUUCUCAUCAGCCGCCUUCCCCCUAAGCACCAGUGCUGUUUGUUUAUGCCACUAGACACUGUAAUGGUGGGAGAGAAUCUUGUAUUAAAAGUGUUCACCAACCACUGAUGUGUUUUUAUGUCCUUAUAUAAUUAUUUUAAAAAUGUGUUUUCUGCAUUCUGUAAAGGAACAUACCAACUAAAUAAACCAGUGUACUUUACUACAAA